AUGGAUGUGCUUGAUCGGCUCCAGUCUGGUCUCUUCUUCCAACCCAAUGUCGAUGACUUGACCCCGACCAUUUGCCAGCCUUACAUUUUGCCCAACAAAGCCCAACCCUCGAUCUAUUACCAUAAUUAUGUCUCGCCCAGCACCCCAGCUGCCUCUCUCGCUUCAAUAAACGGUUCUACUCACGAAGUCCCACUCCCAUUGCUGAGCGUCUCGGCCGACGUGGACGUCCAUGGCAGACUUUGCACUACGAAGGUGACGCAGCAAUUCAGCAACGCUUCCUCGUCGACCUCACAAAAUGUGAAAUAUGUCUUUCCCAUUUACGAUGGAUCGGUUGUUACAUCCUUUCGGUGCUGGAUCGGCCACGACAAACUUCUCGAAGGAGCUGUGAAAGCCAAAGAAGCGGCAAGGGCAGAUUUUCAACAUGCUAUCUCCCAACGCAAGGUCGCAGUGUUGGUUGAAGAAAUGGCGCCAGAAGUUUUCGAGACGAGCGUGGGAAAUAUCCCUGCACAAACCACAGUCAAGAUUGAGAUCACGUACGCCAACCUCCUGAAGGUGGAUAAGAGCACUGGUGGACUGGUUCUCACGAUCCCGACAUCGAUCGCACCGCGGUACGGGGACGCGCCUGCAGGCUACAGUGGAAAUCAAUCCCUUCUCACGGAGGGGCUACGAAUCAACGUUCAAGCAUCGAUGCAGGCGGCCAUCCGCAAGAUGGAGUCGCGAUCACACCCCAUCUCGGUCGAGAUGGGGGCGGUUUCCCACAAAAGUUUCAAGAAUUUCGCAGCGAGUGCAUUUUCGGACAUGCUCGAUUACUGCAAAGGACGUGCGACAUUAUCGGACAGAAAGGCCGAGCUUCAUAAGGAUUUUGUCUUACACAUCUUGUGCAGCUCUCGUGAAUCUUCGCAGUCACAGGCUAUUGCUGCGUCGCCGCCUGGCCAACCCGGCCUGUCCACAAUUGCGGUCACCGUGCACCCCGGCGAUCUUUUUUGCCAAAAGGUUAAUAUGGAGGAUUUUGUCGGCGAAAUUAUCUUCAUGGCGGAUAGAUCAGGGUCGAUGAAGUCAAAGAUCCCCUCUCUUAUCAAUGUGAUGAAUAUUUUCCUACGGAGUCUCCCUGAAGCAUGCUCGUUCAACAUCGCCUCCUUUGGUUCCCGCGUCACAUGGUUAUGGCCUUCCUCGAUGAGAUACAGCCAAGAGAACCUGGAUGUCGCCUCGAUGCACGUCGAUUCAUUCCAAGCAAACUACGGUGGUACCGAAAUUUAUGGCGCGCUGCACAGUGUUCUGGAUCACUACAAUAAGCGGAAUGACGUACCAACCAGUGUCAUCUUGUUGACUGACGGUGAGGUCUGGAAUGUGGACAACGUGAUACAGCUAGUGCGCAGAACGGCCUCAAACGGUUAUUCGAAUAUCAGAUUCUUUUCUUUGGGAAUUGGAGAUCAAGUUUCUCAUCGCCUGGUGGAGGGCAUCGGGCAGCAGGGGGGCGGCUAUGCAGAGAUCGUGCCAGAGUCCUCGAUGGGUUCCUGGCAGGAAAGAGUGAUACAAAUGUUGAAGGCAGCAUUGACACCAUCUCGCCUUCAGUGCAAUGUGGAUCUUGGCAAUGACUUUGCCAUGAAGACAUCUGAGCGGCAGAUUGCCGGAUAUACAGUGCAAUACCCUGAGUUGGUUCAGGCCCCACACCAUAUCCCUGUUCUGAGUACCUUUUCGCAUUUCUCUCUCUACUACAUGCUGGAGAGGGAAUUGGACUCGCUGCCUAGAAUGAUUGAUAUUACUGCAACAACUGAAAAAGGAGAGAAGCUCACAGCGCAGCUGCCAAUUCAAACCGUAGCUGAACAACCAGCCAUUCACCAUCUUGCAGCGAAAGCAUUGAUGAACGACUAUGAAACCGGACAAAGCUGGAUGCAUUCACUUAACCCGACCCUCAAGUCCACCAAUCCGACAGGAUUCGAAAAGGUUCUGGAGCAGGAAGCACAGCAGGUUGGGCAGACGUGGUCCAUACCUAGCAAGUGGACGAGUUAUGUGGCUAUUGAUCGUAGCACGGCCCAGCAACACGCGAUAUCGGUCCAUAAAGCGGACGCUAUCGAACUCUCCCAAUUGACCCGGCCACGACAUACUUCUACCUCUACGCCACUACGUAUUUCUCACAGGAAAAGCGGUUCUGUUAGGCCUCGUGACGUUACUCGUUCCAGCCAAUCUGCUGGCUAUGAAGCUCGCCGCGGACCCCUUUCCUCCUCGACGCAGGGCGGUCCUACCAGCUUCGCGGAACCUGCUCGAAAUAAUUCCUCCUCCUUUGAUAGGCAGAACGCACAUACGCGCCUUCUUUCGCUGCCUCCACCACCGCCACGGUCGAUACCCUUAUCACUGCUGGGUUUGGAUGACUCUUUCGAUAUCCCCAUUAGCAGUGUUUAUACCCCGGGUGCUAACACGUUCGGGGCGGGGGUCGGGAUUCCGGGAUAUGACUACCAUAAGCAGCAAAGUCAAACCCAGGAUGAGCGGUACGACGAAUCCCGAUCGUCUCCAGCUCUGCAGGUUGAGAGGCUACGGCCAAUUGAAAGAUCAGCAAGCGUACCCAAAAUUAGGACCCCGUCCGUCUUAACCCAACCGAGGAGCAGGGACGAUGAAGCAGCUGCGACCUUCAAUGAUCUCGACGAGGACAAAGACACGAAGUUGCACUAUGCGUAUCCGAUAUCAGAUGAGGAUAGCGCAGGGGCUAUUGCCGAUGCACCUCAAGCAUGUCUGCGCCGAGCUAAACGUGCUGGCAAACGCCGCAAACCCAGCUCAGAUGUAAACGAGACCCACGACGAUAUCCCUCAUUCGCCAAGUGAUUCGCCAAAUGACACCUCCUCGAGUGACAGCUGUAGAGCGCGCUCUCUGGAUAGGGAACUUCGCGAUCACGACCCCCCAAGACUGUCAGAUCUCUCUCACCUGGAAACGAUCCUCCGCCUGCAACAAGCGGACGGCAAAUUCAACAUUGUCAGCCGUCCCUGUAGAAGCGCCCUGAAACAGAAAUACAAGAGCAAAGCGCUUGAAAAUUUCCUCGACUCCAGCUUCAAUGGAAAGUCACCGGCCACGAGGAGGCGUCUUAGUGAACUGGCCGUCAAUAUUCGUCUUGUCGUUUAUAUUAAUCAUGAGUAUGCUGGUUCAAAGGCUCUCUUUGAGCUCCAGGUAGCAAAGGCACGGCGAUGGAUCAAGCGGACGAUUACAGAACUGUUGAAGGAGAGAGGUGAUUCGGAGGAAACACUAGGGACACCACCGGAGGAAUUGGCAGAGUCUGUGCUCGAGGAGAUGGAGCAACUAGUUUUGCAGCAGACUUGA